AUGCCAACCGUCAACCGCUUCCAGUAUGUCCGUGCACGAAUCGGUCUCGUGGGACACCUUCGGACCCAAUGUGUCGGCUACCCGACGCUCGUUCCCGAUGCAAACCCAGCGCCGACCGCUACUCCCGUCACCGCCGACCACACUGUCGCCAUCCCGAUGCCACCAACCACCGGCACCAUCCAUCCUGCCUCAAGCCCUGCGUCGACCACAGCGACCAGCGCAUACACCACCACAACAUCACGCACUCCCCUCACCGAUGGGGUGACGUCCGACGUCCCAUCACCUGCCAUCAUCAACACCCCCACCUCAAGUGAUGUGGACUCGGCCCAUACCUGUUCUCAUUGCGUUCGCGCAUUCACCUCACGCAUCGCCCUGAUCGGUCACUUGCGAACCCAUUGCACAGACACUGGCGAACCAGUGCCUGGAGCACCACCAUACACUCGUCGCAUCCGCCUCCACUGCCCCGCACAUUCACUCACCGCAUGGGCCGAUACGGUCAUAUGCGCAUUCAUGAAGACCAACGGUAGACAACCGCCGGCUGCACCACAACUUCACCUACCAACUCCUGUACCACACAACAUCUCCCAUCACCACAUAACGCAAGGACCCAAUUGCUAA